CUUCAACCAUCUGGUUGAUGCCAGCGUUGAAGGGCAGGCGUCACUUUGGAUUUCCCUCCGUCCUUGCACAUCACACCCGCUCCAUGCUUCCGUACGGCUCUGAAUCCCGAGAGCUCAAGGCCAACGCUGUGCGCAUUUCGCGCAAGUCCACCGAGUACUCGUGGAAGCAAAUCGCCGUGGGUGCAUCGCUCACGGUCAUGGGGGUGGGCUACUGCGCGACGUUGCACAGCAUGAUGAACCAGCAAGCUGCAACCUUGUCGGCCAUGCAACAACAAAUGACCUCGAUGUCGUCCAAGAGCAAUAGCCACGCCGGCGCGAACGUCAUCCUCCCGUUCAACCCGAAGGUCAACACCGCCAAACAACCAGCUCAACCUUUGGCGGCGCUACCGCACAAGUAUGCUGUGGACCACGUCACGCCGCGCAAGACGCAGGACUUGCGCGGCACGUGCUGGGAUUUUGCUACGAUCUCCGUCCUCGAAUACACGUACCGCCAACAAGGCAUCGCCAACGGGUGGUUGGCCCCUAACACGUACGUGUCGUUGUCGGAACAAGCUUACGGCGCCGAUUUGCUCCGGCUGUGCACGACCGUGGACAAGAACAAGUGUUACUUCACGGCGACUCAAAACACCACCGAGGGGGGCUUCGUGCUGGAGCUGCCCCUCCUGGCCAAAGACAUCUCCAUCUUCCCAGAUGCUGUCUGCCCCUACGUGGCCGCGCCUGGCAGCGACACCGUAUGCCCCGGCCAAACUGAAGCCGCCAAGAAAACCAACCCCCUCAAGGUCACCGUCAACAAGUACUCGACCCUCAUCGACGCCGACGACAUCAAGCGCGCGUUGGUUACAGACAAGCGGGCCAUGGCAUUGAGCACGGAGAUGGCUGUGCUGACCCACUACCAACCGUGUGUGGGGGAUUUGACCAAGGACCCUCGCUGUGACGUGGCAUCCCCACAGUGCACGCUAUGUCCGCCCAACUCGUUCCAAACUGCGUGCUGCAUUCCCGUGGGCGAAGGUGAAGAUUACAACAUGGACGGUGAGUUCAUUGCGCACUACGGUAUGGAGAGCGAAGGGGGCCACGCAAUGACAAUCGUCGGAUACAACGACAACUACCGCACCCAGGACGGGGCCACGGGCGGGUACAUCCUCAAGAACUCGUGGUGGGACGGAGUUGAUCCAGUGCUGGGACCCAAGCACGCCCGCGGCAGCCACAGCAUCCGGUACUGGCUGCAGACGAUCACGGCAUUCGAAGAGCGCGCCGCGUGCCCGAACUCGGCCAACCCAAACAACUGGUACUCGUGCCAGGGUAGCACGGGGGUGAUUCAAACCAACUCGUUUGCGGGGCCGACCAAGUCGGUGGUAGCCAACGCCAGCCUAGACAUGUGCUUGACCGAAGCAGUUCGUCUGGACGCGCAGAGCCAAAUCGCCCCGCUGACCCUCCUCUGCCUGGACAAGACCAAGUGCGACCCGUCGCUCGCGUACUACAGACGCAACCUCACGAGUGUCGGUGAUCACUUCAACGUGCUGUGUCUGUUUGAGUACAACUCGACCAAAGGCGCAGUGUCGCAUGAUGUGUGCUUUCCCCCGAUGCUGCUUAUGGACAUUGCCCAUACGCUUCAACCGGUGGCGUCGGAACUGCGAGAAAACGACCCUGACCACUGCGGGUUCUACUUUUACCCGUAUGACAAGCAGCUCCAGCAGUACCAACGAGGGUGGGAGAUGACAGUGGACAACUUGGAUGUGACGUGGGCCGCGCAGUCGUACGCGGCCAACGCCGCCAAGUUCCCCCACCUGGACUACUCGCUCGUGAAAGCGUCCACCAAGACCCAGCACGCCAACCCCAUCUCUGGCCCGUUCCCCAUUGUCGGCGCUUAACCACCAGUCGUCUUGUUUGUGGUGUGGUUGUAAUAUAUGAGAACCAUCCAGCAUCGCCCAUGUUAAAAUGACAAUACUGCUGAGCAAAACAACACCAAUUUAUGUAUUACUUCGAAGUAAUAGUAAGCUUACUGUAGUCGGAGCAGUUCCAC